GAUGCUCCAUCGUUGGUGUACCUUUAUUUAUUAAUUCGGUUUCAUCGGCGUAACAUAGUCCAUGUAUUUUGUAAUAUAGGUAGUCAAAGCUCUUAAGUGCGUUGAUUUUUUUGUUGCGAAAAUAGAAUCUGAUUGUGACACGGUAAUGGCCGACGAAAUUGAUGUUAUGGAACUGUUACGUAGUUUGCAACGAGAAAAUGAGAAGAGUAAGUUGUCACGGAGAGACAUUUCGCGCAGAAUCUUCCACUGGUAUUUAAAGAUAAUGGGCUUCAUCCAGGUUGAUGACAAUACAUUUGAACGGAGAUCCUUUGGCCUGGAUACACCGUUCGAAUUUGAAUCGAUGAUUACUCAAGACAACCACAUUACCUUAAACCGUAUCGCGCAUUCCGACAACAAUCUGUAUCAUGCUGCCGUGGAGGGAUACCAUUUCCGAAAACUUCCAUCUUUAAAUCUAGAGCAAUCUCGUGUCAAGAAAGAUGCGAAGAGAUUACGUGAUGACAUGAGGAAGUUGCACUCCUUAUUACGAAAAAUUUGGGAGAAUACUCAAGACGAUGGCGACGAUACAACAUCAUCAUCGGAAGUAGAAUCGGAUAUGGAAUAGGUAUUGUAAUGUCGAAUAACGAUUACAAAUGCGUAAUUUUUUAUUAAUAUGUACCUAUCCAUUGUAAUGUUUCUGCCGGUGAAUAUAUUACUUAAGCUCACUUGUAAAUCUUUUGAAGUGAUUUUUUUCCCUUUGCGUUAACUGUUGAGUUGGGUGUCAAGUAAAAUAAAUAUGAUGAUUGUGAAUGUGAUAAUUAAGUAGGUACUUAUACUUUUAUUUAUGCAUUUUAUUACAAAAGUAUGUAAAAUACAAAAAUUAACUUUGAUUUGAACUUGAAUUAUUAAUUUACAGUUUACACAACUCAACCGCUGCUUCCUAAUCCUAAUUCCGUUUCAUUCACUUUUCAAGUUCUUCAUCUAAUAAUCGGUUGUAAUGGAUGAUUCCAAAUUUUUCAAUAAAAACUAACAAAUUCUCCAUUUUUUGGAAUUAGAAAAAAAAACUAGACAGCUAAGCAAAGCUUAGCUGCAAAGUGUGCGUAGCUAGCUGCCUUUUCUACAGCUAUAACCGUUAUUACAUCUAGGUAGUGCAUAAGUGAAUCAACCAUGUCACAGUGAUGAGAAUUUUUGAAACUCUCACUGCUUCAAAAUAAUAAUUGUUUUUCAGUGUUUUCAUAUUUUCCAAAUUACAAUAGGUAUUUCAGAAUAAUUUAUAAGCUUGUAUUGCUUCUAAAUUAAGAAAUUUCUAGUUGUUUUUCAUAGUUUGCAUUGUUUUAAAAUUUACAAAAUUUCAAAUCGAUUUCCCGAAUUCCCCAUCGCUACAAUUUCAUAAAGUUUUCAAUAAAUUUUCAGAAUUUUGCAUUGCUGCUGAGUUAGGAAAUUUGCAAUCAAUUUUUAGAAUUCACAUUGCUUCUAAAUAGUCAAAUUUUGAAUAAUUUUUCAGAAUUCUUAUUGUCUUUAAAUUAAAAAAUUUCAAAUUCAAUUUUCAAGUUCAUAUUGUCCACAAAUUGUAAAACGUUUACUCAAUUUUUGGAAUUCACAUUGCCUCCAAUUUUUCAGAAUUCUCAUCUUCUUCAUAAA